GCCGAUGCCAUUUAUUUUUCUUGCUAGCUUUCGACAUCGCCGUUCUAAAUCGUUUCAUGCUUCUGAGGAUUUGCUUUACAAUAUUAUUCAGAAUUUGAAAUUUCAUUGAUUUUCGUUCAGUUGCUAAUUUGCUUUCAAUCGCGAAGAUGAAAAGUAUGUUAUUCAAUGUAAACUGUUAGUGAGAUUGGAUAAAGAGCCGUUUGAAUAGAGUUUAUUCAAGUUUAAAUAUUUUUGUUAUUUUUUAUUAGUUUGUCGUGCGGAAAAAUCUCUAUUAGGAGUCUUCGGUUACAUGAUUGUGCAAUAUAUUGUGAAUUGUGAUUGACUUUUGAGCAUUCUUUAUUCAAUUGUGAUUCUAGGAUUGCACCUUUGCUAUUUCUGAUUCACAUCAGAGCGACUGAGUCCUCUACAAAAGAGUUAGCAUUUUAAUGGGUGUUUUCAGUUAUUCUUUAAAAAACAAAUCAGUUGUUAAAUUUAUUUCCUGUAUGGACAUUUAUGCAUCUUUUUGCGAUCUGUUGCUUGUUAUUCAUGUUAUUAGAUGUGCUUAUGCCUUAUGGGGAUAAAACGGAAUUGGGAACUGAGAUGUGGUGUUAUCUUUUAUGCUUGUUUGAAUUCCUAAUCUUCUAUCAAUUUAGCAGAUUAUUGCCAACAGAAAUCUUCAUUCAGAUUAUUUUGCCAUGGGAAACAAAUUCGGGAAGCAAGAAAAGAACGACAAAGUAUUACUCAAGAUUGUACCUCCUAUAGACCAGACAUAUGCUAAAUGGGUCGCCAAAGACGUUGCAAGAGUUCACGGUUUCACUCCAAAACGUACUCGUGCAGUGGAGCCACCAGAACAUUAUGUAGAAUACAUGAAGUUGAAUGGAUGGUUGGAUGUGGAUUUGGAUGAUCCUGAUCUUGCUCAUUUAUUCAAGUAGAUAAUUUCUAUAUGCGAUAUAGACAAUUAAGGUGACUUUGUAGCUGAAUUGUGAUUAAAUUAAAUUGUUAAGACAGCGAAUGAAAUGAUAGGCGUUGAUGCUUUUGGCUGUGAAAUUCCUAUAGAAUGAAUGACUGUAAUUCCAAGUCCUUAUUGUUGAUCAACGAUGGGUUCAGAAAUGUUCUAUAGGUUA